AUGGCCAGCUACAUCUCAACGGGCGGUCUGCGCAUCGUGCCGCCUUAUUAUCGCCAGUGUGCCACGACAGUGAAAGAGCGAUGGCGCAAUAGACUGCUGCUGGACGUGCUGACGACUGAGUUUCGCGAAUUUUCAGAAAAUCAGCAUCUCCAAAGGAUCAAAGAUAAUCAAAUAAUAGUGCAGCGCAGAAGUAAGCAGCAAACGCUCGAGCUGAGACAGGAGCAGCUGUUGUCUGAAAAACUCAAACAAGGCGACGUGAUUGUGCGCCAUGUGCACGUUCACGAGCCGCCCAUAGUGGACGCGAAAAUCCAAACUGUCUAUGAAGACGACGACGUGCUUGUGGUGAACAAGCCCGCCGGAAUGCCAAUCCAUCCCGUGCAAAACUUUUAUUACAACACGAUGGUGGAGAUUCUGAAACACGAGAAGGGCCUGAGCGAGCUUAGGCCGUGUUUCCGGCUGGACAAGGUGACGAGCGGGAUCUGCAUUCUGGCCAAGAGCGUCGCAAAGGCCAAGGAAAUCCAGGCAGCGAUCAAAAACAAACAGGUCCGCAAGGUCUACGUGGCGCGUGUGGCGGGCAAGAUUCCGGAAUCUCUGGUUUGCGAGGAUGAUGUGGUCAUCGUCGAGACGAAGCGUGGCCUCAAGGACGGGAUCGACCGCAAAUCUGCUACCACGGUAUUCAAACGGCUAAAUUACUCAUCUGUCCUGGACGAGAGCAUUGUGGAGUGCCGGCCGUUGACGGGCAGAACGCACCAGAUCCGAAUUCAUCUUCGAAACCUUGGCUUUCCGAUUGUCAACGACCAGCUUUACAGACACGGACUUUUGGCUACCAACGAAGACUACUCCGAUCCGGACGUCUUUCAGCGGAUCGCAAAGGAGGCAGAAAGCUCACGCGAGGAACAGUUGACUGGCGAAUUCUGCGAAGAGUGCGGAAAACGGCUCUUCAAGAGGCCAGAGCCAGGAAAACUUGUGCUAUAUUUGCAUGCAAGAGAAUACUAUCACGAGGAAAAUAAAUGGGCGUACGUAACCGAAUACCCAGAAUGGACAAAUAUAUAG